AUGACACAUGAUGACACUGUGAAUCGUUGGGCUGACUAUUUUGCAGGGUUAGAAGGUGGAGUUCGCAUUGAUGCACAACGACAAUUGUCGCUGAUGUCGGCCACAGAUUUCGCUUUCCCUGUUGACUCUUUGCCAUCGCUAUGCGAGCUUGAAUUUGCCUUGCGAAAGAUGAAAGCCGGAAAGGCCAGCGGCCCAGACGCAAUUCCGUCAGAGCUUUGUAAGUACUUCCCAGGCCCGGUAGCCAAACAGGUCUAUACCCUGAUGAUGAAAUCACUGAUUCAAGGUCAUGAACCCAUCGAUCUGAAAGGAGGCGUAGUCCUACCGAUUUGGAAGGGCAAAAAGCAGAAGGAUGUAUGCAGUGCUUUCCGUUCGAUACUGCUUUCCUCCAAUAUCGGCAAAGCAUUUCACAAGACAAUGCGUUCCAAACAAUCACUUGUGUAUGAGUCGUAUCUCCAGCAUCAACAGCUUGGAGGGCGCAAGAAGGUCCCCGUAGUCCUCGGGACACACCUGACGAAAGCGUUCCUCAGGGCACAUCACGCGUUGCACCAUGCGACAGCAAUUCUUUUCGUGGAUUUAGAGGCUGCUUUCUACACUGUUGUCAGACCUCUUGCACUCUCCGGCACGUGUGAUGAUGAAAUCCUAGCGUGCAUGGCUGCGAAGCUGCACUUGCCCACCGACACUGUGCAUGCCUUGUAUCAUCAUUUACAACAGCCCGGAGCUACCGAAUCAGCAGGAAUGAGAUGCUUUGACCAACGAGCAUUGCGUGCGGUGCACACAGACACUUUCUUCAGAGUCCCCAAUCAGAAGGAUGUGGUCAAAACACACCUGGGUACGAGACCAGGAGAUGCAUAUGCAGACAUAGUGUUUGGAUUUUUGAUGGCCCGCGUCUUGCAUAACUUCCAGACCCAGCUUUGUAAGCAUGAUGUUAUGUCCACGGUGCCAGAUGUACAAACACCAGCACUCUUUGGCCGGCCUUGUCCCACUGGUCAUGCUGCAAUUCCUUUUGUUGGACCGGUCUGGAUGGACGACCUAGCCGUAUGCCUUCGGGGCAACACCAAUGAUGCAGUUGCCACCAAAAUCGGAGUCGCAACCGGAGUUUUGCUUGAUUUAUUUCGUGAGCAUGCCAUGAGUCCCAAUCUUGCUCGUGGCAAAACGGAACUCCUCAUGACCCCGAAAGGCCCGAAGUCGAACGCAUGGCGCAAACGACUGUACGGACCAACAGCCACGGGUUUCUUUCCCAUUGUUGGAGAAGCAGAAACAUACCAGGAAUAUAUCCAUGCUGCGAUCCUCAGGCUCUAUCGAAAACUUUUGAAGGUUGAUCCUGAUGAGCAUCUUUCAGAUGACAUGCUCCUGACAACGCUGGAUUUGCCAUCGCCCACAGAGGUCUUUCGAAGAGCACGCCUCCGUUAUGUCGCCACCUUGCUACAAGUCGGUGGCUCAGCAUGCUGGGGGCUUCUGAAUCAAGACGAGGCCUGGAUCAGUCUGAUUCACGAUGACCUCCGUUGGGUCUGGCUCGACAAUCGUCUGCCCCCACUGCAAGCAUCCGGCCCACAAAAACCCAGACCACGUGACAGAGAUCUGAAUCUGGUGCAUUGGGAUUUGCAUGAUGCAAUCGUGGAAGCUGCAUUUGACCUUCAGGAUGAACUGGACUUUGAACCCACCGUGAGAAAGCUGGUUGGCACAUUUCCCAUUGCUUGGACGCGUUGCCUGGUGACCUUCAGGGAGUUACAGGCUACCAUCGCCACGGAAUCUGAACCUUUGGGUGAGGUAUCACUUGCUCAUGCCAACCACUGCCUGGGGAUGCUCAGUAACAGUGAAGAAUGGCCCUUCUUACAAACACUUGUUGCUACACAAUCAGACGGCAUGACAUCGCUGGAGGUUUUGGAAGAGCAGUUUCGUGCGUUUGCAGAUCAUGGUGUCCCACCGACAGAUGCUGUCCCGAGGGACAUUGGAAAGCACAGAAUUGUGUUACAUGCCUUCAGUGGCAGACGCAGAUUGGGGGACAUACAAGUCUUCAUGGAGGAGCUACAGAAGCAAUCUGCUGAUGGGACAUUGUUACAUGUCGUAUCAUUAGACCUCAUGACAGACGCAGUAUGGGGCGAUGCCACCCGACCGGCCACAAAAGCUUUCUGGAGACAAGCGGCUGACACCGGCCGAGUCCAUGGACUCCUUGCGGGGCCUCCAUGUGAAUCCUGGUCGCAAGCAAGAUUCGCACAGACAGACGAGGGCACUGGCCCAAGACCAAUUCGUUCUGCCGACGCUUUGUGGGGCAUGGAAUCAUUGAGCCUCCGCGAACUUGCUCAGGUAAUGAUAGGAAAUGAUCUUCUAUUUUUUGCCUUUGACCUGAUUCUGAGACUUCAUUUUUCAGAAGGUUUUGGAGCCAUUGAACACCCGGAUGAGCCAGCGGAGGAUUUCAAACCCUCCAUCUGGAAAUUACCAAUUUUGACCAUAUUUCGAGCUCUUCCUGGAUUUGCUGAGUUGAGAUUUGCGCAAGGCCUACUUGGAGCAAGCAGUCCCAAACUGACUCGACUGUUAUCCUUGAAUUUGCCUGGCCUACAGAGAACUUUGCGUGCACACCACAUCACCAAAGAUCUCCCUCGACGUUCAUCCAUCGGAAAGCUCAAUGGAGUUUGGUCCACGGGGUUUCUCAAAGAGUACCCUCCCGCGAUGAGUCGAGCUCUCGCGGUUGAAUUCAUUGCCUGGUUUGAGCGUCAGUGUACAGAUGUUCAGCUGGCGGAAAGCCAUGCCUUCUUGGCACGCUGUAAGUUGAUGUCCGCAACGACAUUAACGGAUCAGAUGGGUGCCGACUACACUUCGAAGUAA